AUGGGUGACUACUCGAAAGCACUUGAAUUUUACGAAAAAUCACAUAAAAUCCUCGAAAAAGCUCUGCCUCCGAAUCAUCCUCAUUUGGCUAUUAGUCACUUGAAUUUUGCAGCAUGUUACGAAAGAAUGGGUGAUUACGCCGCAGCUCUUAAGGCUCUUCGAAGUGCUUUUCAAAUUCAACAACAAGUAUUUCAAGAAAGUAAUCCAGCUUUUACUUCAACAUAUAGUUGGCUCGGAAGAGUUUAUUGCAGUAUGAAAGAUUAUCCAAAAGCACUUGAGAAUUUCGAAAAGUGUCUCUCAAUACGGCAAAAAGCCUUACCUGAAAAUCAUCCAAAUAUAGCUCUAACAUAUAGUAAUAUUGGUGACGUUUAUCGAUUAAUGGGUGAUUAUGAAAAGGCACUUUCAUUUCAUCGAAAAGCAUUAAAUAUUCAAGAAAAUGUUCAAUGUAAUCCUCUAGAAUGUGUAACGACGUAUACAAAUUUAGGUGAAACUUAUCGGGAAAUGAAAGAUUAUUCAACAGCAUUGACAUAUUUUCAAAAAGGAUUAGCAAUACAUCAAAAGAAAUUACCAAAAAAUCAUCCUGAUUUAGCUAUAAUUUUUCAUAAUAUGGCAAAACUAUAUUUAGCUGUCCAACAAUGUAGUAUGGCAAUGGAAAAUGUCCAACAAGCGGUAGACAUCGCUCAGAAGAAAUUGCCUUCAAAUCAUCCUCAUCUGUUGAACUACAGACAAACAUUUAAAGAAGUGCAAAAGACCAUGUAA